AUGUCUGCGCCUCCCAAUGACCUUACCUCUCUCGCCAAGCUCAUCUCUGAUUCUGUGGCUGUCGUGACGUCCGAAUAUGCGAAGGCUGGACACGUGCCUCCGACUCUGGAGUCGACAACCGAAGAUCCUUUUCGUUCUCCAGAGUUAGUUUCUGAGCAAUUGAAAACCGCAAUCAAGAUUAUUGAGGCCGCAUGCGCGCAGCUGAGUGCUACGGUUGCAAGUCCAGGACACGUCAUCACGAAUAAAUCAUACAAUUUCGUGGAGCCAGUGUGCAUGCGCGUAGCCUUGGGUGCCAGAAUUACAGAUCACCUUCUCAACAAGCCGAAGGGGCUACAUGUGGAUGAACUUGGAUGUUUGAGCAACCAGGAUCCCAGGAAAUUGGGUCGCAUCCUCAGAACAUUGGCGACAAACCAUGUGUAUACUGAAGUCGCACCCAACGUCUUCGCCAACAACCGUCUUUCCAUGAAGCUGCUUUCGACUGAUGCUGUCUCCGGUCUUGUUGGCCACAUGUCGGACGAGGCCAUGAAAGCGGCUGUGGUAUUGGGUGAUGUUUUCGAGGACCCCGUAAAGUGCAAAUCGUCUCGCCUCGAAGAUAGUGCUUUCCAGCAUGCCCACGCAGUUUCUGCUUUUAAUUACUAUGGCGAGAUUCCUGAGCGAGCACGACUUUUCGAGCGAUUCAGCCAGGCCAUGGUUGGGUGGGCGGAGGUUACAGGCAGAGCGAUGCUUCCAAGGAUCUACCCCUGGGGAGACCUUCCCCCUAACUCCACAGUCGUUGAUGUCGGUGGUGGAAAUGGCCAUGCCACACUUAACUUGCUUAAAGCAUUUCCGGCUCUUAAGAUCAUCGUACAGGACACUGGCACUGUAGCAAUACAAGGGAGAGGGUACUGGGAGAAAGAACACCCGACCGCCCUUGACGAACAGAGAGUCGACUUUGUUGCCUUCGAUUUCCUCGCAGAGGCACCUGUGGAGGGUGGUGCGGUAUACUAUUUGCGACAUGUGUUACACGAUUGGCCCGAUAUCGAUUGCGUGAAGAUUCUGAAGAACGUGAGGAAGGUGGCAGGCCCGAAGAGCAAGCUUUUGAUCAAUGAAUUCGUCCCCCAGUACAUCGUUCGCGGAGGACUUGCAUCGAACGCUCAGGCACCUGCACCAUUGCUUCCGAACUAUGGGGCAGCCAAUAAGAGGCUCUAUCAGCAAGACAUGAAUAUGAUGAUCUUAUUCAAUAGUAAGGAACGUACACUCGAAGAGUUCAUCAAAUUGGGCGAAGCAAGUGGAUUUCGUUUCGAAAAGUUGUGGGAUGGUGGCGAGGCGGGUAUUAUAGAAUUUGCUCCAGCGUAG